AUGGACGAUCUGAGCAAGGUUGUUGGUGCCAGCCUGUCGGUGUCGAAAAGUACCGCGACGGCUGGUUUUGUUGUUUUGCUGAUUGCUGUAAUUGCCUUCAUUUUCAAGCGCCUCGUUCUGCAUCCGUUGAGCUCCCAUCCAGGCCCACUGAUUGGACGUUUGACGAGCCUUUACAAUACGUAUCAUGCCCUGAAGAAGGACCAAGCUCGCAACCUGCAUCAACUGCAUGAGAAAUAUGGCCCAAUUGUUCGCUAUGGACCCAACCAUGUCAGCAUCAGAUCUGCCGAGGGGGUGAAGAUGCUGUACACCAACAGUCGCUACACUCGAAAAGCGGACAACUAUCUGGCGUUUCCCAGAAAUCCAGAGAAGGCCAGUCUGUUCUCUUCCAUCAACAAGCAAGUACAUGCAAGGAAGCGGCGGAUCCUUCGGCAAGGCUUCUCAGACUCGGCGCUCAAAACCGCAGGUGUCACCAUCAAGAAGCAUGUUGCGACUCUCUGUCAGUGUUUAGAGUUCCUAGACAACGAUACUCAAGAAGGCUAUGUGUUGUCGGGAAGGGAGCCUUCGAACUCAGAGCGGUGGAGCAGACCGAAAAACUUCUCGGAAUGGAUCAACCGUUUCACAUUCGACGUCUCGAGUGACUUGUCAUUCUCCAAAUCUUUCGACAUGAUGCGGUACGCUGGCAACAGGCACAUUAUCAAGAUUCUCCACGAGACAUUAUGGGCAGACAACGUCACUGGAUCUUCGCUUACGCUUCUUCACACCCUGAGGCUCAAGUGGCUGCUGUUCUCUCACCAUGUUCGGUCUACGGUCACAUUCGAUUCUUUCAUUGAGAAGGCGGCAGAUGAAAGAGUGAGCAAACUGAGUGAUUCCAAGAAGGACUUCAUGUUCUGGCUCACUGGUGCGGUUGAUCCCGUUACGGGAGACACGUUCACGAUGGAAGAGCUAGUCGAGGAGGCAAUUCUAUUGAUCACAGCAGGGAGCGACACGUCUUCAACUGCCAUCAGCUCCACGAUAUACUACUUGCUGCACAGCCCCGACAAGCUCGCAAGACUGCAGGCGGAAGUUCGGAGUAUGUUUUCCAGUGUUGAUCAAAUUGAGUUUGGCACGGAAUUGCAGGCCUGCACUUACCUUCGGGCCUGCAUCAAUGAGGGCUUGAGACUGUCUCCCCCGGCUGGCUCAGUGCUUCACCGUCAAGUGGAACCGGGUGGUGUGCAUGUUGGGGACACCUUCUACCCCGAGGGUGUCAACAUCGGCGUGCCGGUCUUCUCCAUUCAUCACGAUAAGGAAUAUUUCCCCGACCCUUUCUUGUUCCAGCCGGAAAGGUGGAUCGUUGGUGAGACACUUGCAGACGGCACCAUCAUCACCCCUGAUUUUCUGAAGCACUCUUCCGCCGCCUUCAUGGCAUUCAGUGCCGGAACCCGCGGAUGCAUUGGAAAGCCUCUCGCCUACCUCCAGAUCUCAAUUCUCUUCGCAACUCUGAUGUUCAAGUAUGACAUGAGACUGUGCCAGCAAUCAUGGGUCAACGGAACCUGUAGCGGCUCAGGACCGGAUCCGUCCAAGGAAUACGAGCUGGUGGACAUGUUUAUCAGUUGGAAGAAUGGCCCACUCAUUGAAGUGAAGCCCAAGGCUUGA